AUGCCGGUCAUGUCGUGGGUUAAUCUCUGCGAGCGAAUCUCGCACCUCUCCAGGAACCGAUUCUGCGAACUGCCCGAAGAGGUGACGACAUUCGCCUUCCUGGAGACGCUGCUCCUCUACCACAACACCAUUAGGAGCAUUCCGGAGUCGGUGAAGCAGCUCUCGUCCCUCACGUACUUGGACCUGCGCAGCAACCAGCUGUCCUCGCUGCCGCGGGAGAUAUGCUUCCUGCCCCUGCAGGUGCUACUGGUGGCCAACAACCGGCUGACCUCCCUGCCGGACGAGCUGGGCCGGCUGGACCAGACCCUGACCGACCUGGACGCCUCCUACAACCAGCUGGCCAACCUGCCGGCCCGCCUCGGGGAGCUGAGGUCCCUGCGCUCCCUGUCGCUGCGCAGCAAUCACUUGAUGUAUCUGCCCCGGGAGCUGACCUGCCUGAGCCUGGUCUCCCUGGACGUGAGCAACAACCGGAUAGCCAGCCUGCCGCUGGAGAUCCGUCACAUGGGCACCCUCGUGGAGCUCCAGCUGGAGAACAACCCCCUGACUUCGCCACCGGCUAGUCUCUGCAUGCGCGGCCUGGUCCACGUGUUCAAGUUUCUGGAGACGCAGGCCACCAAGGACGAGAAGGGCUCUCGCUCGGGCGGCAACUACGAUGGUUACACCACCCUGCGACGGGCACCACGCCACAACUCUAGCGGCAAUGUCCUCGAGGCGAGCACCACUGGCGGCAACCAUCGCAGGCAUCAGGUGGACUCGGGCUACAGCACCAGCGAUGGCCUGGACAAGCGCUGGUCGCACGACGCCCCCGCCAAGUCCAAGACCGACUCGCCGCUGCACUGCGUCUCCAGCUCGGCGGCAGCCACUCUGCCCCGGACGCUGCCGAGUGCCGUGCACUCCCAUGCGGACAUGAUGGACGCCUCGCUGACCUCCAGCACCAGCACCAUAGUGGACGAGAGCCUCACUUUAAGUCCCGCGGAGUCGCCCUGCAAGCUCAGCUACGCGCACUCGAGCUCCAGCAACGGCUCCUCGCCGGACCAGGACGAGGACAUCAUGCUGGACCACCAGGAGCGAACGGUCCACGCCAGCAAUGGCAAGUCCGGCAAGGGUUUCCCCCAGAUUCAGACCUACAAGGAAUACAAGGAAGCCCUCAAGCAGCAGCGCAACCAGGAGGUCAGCGUUUACAAGCAGAAGCAUCCGAAUGCCAACCACAGCCCCAACGACGACGAGGACCUCUCGCCGCCGCCGCCGCCCCCCUCGCAGAGCCUCUCCAACGGCUCCGCCGCGUCCAGCACACUGCCAAAGUCCAUCAUGAAACAGUCGAGUCUGAACCAGAACGGCCACAACGGCAACGGAAACGGGAACGGAAACGCAAAUGGAAAUGGAGUCGACGAUGUUGUCAUACCAAAGAAACCCAUCCAGAAGGUGAUUCCUUCGCGCAACACGGAAAUAAAGCCACCCUCCACGGCCGGCAUUCCCUCGGCCGUUCCCUCGGAUUGCCUGGGCUACGUGAAGCCUCAGAGUCCCCUGAAGAACGGCGCCAACAAGUUCAAUACGUCCAACGGCAGCCCCGCCACUAGCACCACCAUCAAGUCCCCGGUCAGCUCCACCACGAAGCUGGCCUCGGUGAAGGCGCACCGAUCGGUGACCUGGAACCACGACAUUCCCGCCGAGAAGCUGAGCUUCACGAUGCGCCGGGAGUUCGACCGCCAGCGGGAGGAGACGGAGCUGAUGUCGCAGCUGAGGAGUAUCAUCGAAACCCGCUUGAAGAUGACCCUGCCCGUGGACAUAGCCUCGGCCCUGACUGACGGCGUCAUCCUCUGCCACUUGGCCAACUACGUGCGUCCCCGCUCAGUGGCUAGUAUCCAUGUGCCAUCUCCGGGUGUGAACAAGCUGACCAUGGCCAGGUGUCGCCGCAAUGUGGACAACUUUCUGGAGGCCUGCCGGCGCAUAGGCGUGGAUGAGGAGUUGAUUUGCUCCUGCGAAGAUGUUGUGCCACAAGGUGAAGGUGAACACCAACCAGAGACGCAGCCACAACCACGUGCUGACGAUGACUAUGAUGCUGAUGUGUAUGUCACAGAUGCCGCAUGCAACAGCAGCAACGUAAGCAGCAACAAUAAUGACUCUGACUCUGCGGAUGAGCGAGUGCCCAAUGCCAUGGCCCUACUGCAAACUGUGUCCGCUCUGAUUGCCCUGGAUGCCAAUCCACAUCACCAGCAACUACAUCAUCUGCACAAUCCGCAACAUCAGCAGCACGAGCACUUCAGCGAGCCAACAACCUGCAGCCAACAGCAAGAACAGAUGCUCCAGAUAGAGAAUGUCCUGUACGAGAACGGUGGCGGCGAUGAUGUAGGGGUUGAGGACUGCGGUGAGGAGUCCCUGGGCAGAGGCCAGAAGGCGACAGUGGGUCAGAUGCUGCUGCGGGCCAAACAGAAGACCUACGAGAAGAUCAAACAGAAUCUGCUGAGUGCCCACGGGCAGCACAGCUUCCACGGCACCAACAACAACAACCGGACGCUGCACACGAUUGUGGAGAACGAGCACGACGUGGCCGCCGCUGGACCGGCGGGCCACUACCACGUAAUCGAUGAGAAGGAGCAGCAGCUGGAGAAGAGCGAGAGCCCCAAGGAGAAGGCCAGCGCCACCGCCAGCGCCAAGGAGGCCAUCAGCAAGCGGAUCGAGUUCUUCGAGCAGCAGCGAAAGCUGGAGGUCUUCAGCAUCUACCUGCCCAAGGAGAAGGAGAAGCAGCUGGAGCAGAAGAUCAAGACCAAGACCCUGGAGGCGGGAGCCACCUUGUUGAAGCACGACUCCCACACCCUGACCGUGAUCCUAUCUUGCGUCUUCAUAGCCACCUUUCUCUGGCUGGUCUUCUUCCCCCUGCCCGGCUAGUCCAUGUAGUACCCAUAGCUCCAGAAUCUUUGCCUUCAUUUGCCAGUAGGGAUUAGGGAUAGUUAGAGCAGCUAUUGCGCUUUCUCUUGAGGCUGCUUUUUGUUUACCGCUUUUAGGUUUAAGUCGCGUAUUUAUAAACUAUACUCUAUAGAGACUAUAUAACCCGAUCUAUAUCUAAGAGACCCACAAACAGGAAACUUUUGAGGCAUUUAAUCGAGAGACAACCCAAAGACUUUGAGGCAACUAGUAUUGGUUGGAGGGUAUGCACACUCUACUAUCCUAAACUGAAGACUCUUUUUAAGAAGAAAGUUAAGUUCCUUUGAAGAUAUGUUUAGUUUUUUAGACUUUCUAGUUCCUUUGAGUUUUAUUUUCUACUUUAACGACAAUACCAGUUCGAACAUUAAUUUAUUCAUCAUCACGACUAUCUAUCUAGCCUUAGUAUUUAUUUAACGCAUUGUGCAUACCCUUGCUGAAGUAUUCCCAUUUAAUCACAUAUUCCUAGUUCAUGUACAAGCGAUUGAACUCUAAAUUGGAUUAAGAACUGAACUGAAUUCGAAAGGAAAACUACCCAAAAAAUAUUUUAUUUCUCUAACAAUUAAGUCCUAAGUUACAACGAAAUUUUGGUAAAAAGACAUCACGAAAUCUUAAUAUUAUAUUUAAGAUAUAUAUGUACGCUUAAGAACCGAGAGAGUGGCAGGACAGAGAAUUGUUACAGUUUGGUGGGAGGAGGAGUUGUAUGGUUUACUUGAAGCAGGGACACUCGAAAUAGUUGUAGGACUUAGCAAGGACUUAGCGGAAAAUCAACAGAAUCGGAAACUAAAAUCCAGAAGAAGUAUCAUCAUCACCACAGAUGUGUCAAAGUAAUAGACCUUUUCCCCUUUGAAUGUACACUCCAGAUGUACAAAUCGAUGUGUCAAAGAAGAGUAGCUGACAUUUGUUAAAUAUAUUAAACACUGACCAACUGAUACACUUUUUAACGACUUCUAAUACGCACACUCGCCAUCAAAACCCAAGAACACAAACCGAUAGAGAAGAACCAGAAAACAGUGCCUUUGACUGGAGAUUGCCUACAAUCUAUAGCUAUAAUGUA